AUGGGUACCAAGCAUGUUAUCUUCCAGUCCUUUAGCAUUUCUGCACUAUCCAGUGAUCUGUUAAAGUUUUACAUUGGUGCUCUACCAGAGCACACUGGCCUAUAUUAUAUUAAAGGGGGAAUACCUGCUAUAGUGACUCUCAUUAUUUUGCUCAGUAAAGGUUAUGGAAAAUAUGAAGUCAAAACCAGUCAAAGUGACAAGAAAACAUCUAUGUGCUGGAUAGUAAUUCCUAUCAUCCAUUAUGUGACAAAUAUUGGGUAUUUUGGAAUUAUAUUCAUUUUUAAUAUCAUCAUGUUCAUUGUAGUGAUGCAAAAGGCAAAGCGAGUAACAUCAGAAAAGCAGAAAAACGUUAUGAAGAAAUCGUGUGCGAUAGUGGGGCUGACUAGUAUCUUAGGAAUAAUAUGGGGUCUGACCUUCUUUUCCUUUGGACACAUGCUCCUCCCACAGAUAUAUCUAUUUACUAUAUUAAAUUCUUUACAAGGUUUUUUCAUACUGCUGUGGUCAUGUCAUCUGAGACAUCAGACAGGCACAACAUCAUCAACCAAUAGCACAAACCAGACAAGUGUUAGUAAAUAAAUAAUGGCAUGGCCCACUUUGAUAUUGAAGACACACAAAGGACCAAAGGCAUUGUGGAUUUUCUAUGUUGUCAAUGCAUUAAUAAGUAUAACUAACUUUUGUACAUCUAUGUUUUAUACAAAAUCAAGAGCUUGAAUUGUUUUAAAAUAGCUUGUCCUAUAGUCUUGUAUUAGAAGCCAAUGCAAAUAUCUACAGAAAUGAUAUUAAACUAAAGUUAAAUUGUCUGCAGUUGUAACCAUAAUGAUCUGAUCAGAAAACAGAGAUGAUAAAAAAUUUAUGCUCUUCUAAGAAAAACUAUACCAUUGUUUAUGCUUUUGCCACUUGAACACAAAGUUUUCAAGAUCACUCAAUGGCAAUGGGAGUGAGAAAAAAUAAAUAAAACUAUUCAUAUGUUUAUAUAAACAUUGUUAACAGAAAUAUGCUUUUAAACCAGAGCAAAUUUAUUUACUUAUUGCAAUCAGUUGUAUUUUAAUUUUUUUCUGAUUUGUGCUUACUUUAGUAUACUGCACAUAUUUGUGAAAUAAAUGUAUUUUCUAGUUUGGGAAAAGUCUUUAAAUCUUAGUGCAGCAAACACAUUUGCACGCAGUUGUGGUCACUGUUUCUGGAAUAUUUCCUAUCAGAAAAAUGUUUUAGUUGCAACAUUAAGCUACAAAGAUAUGAAUGUUGAUAAAUAUGUCGGUUGCAUAUACAGGCAUAAUUACUGGGAGGAACUGACACUUCAUAUAUAUGCACUGAAAAAUAUUUCUUUUACACAAAUUUUAAAACAUCAAGAUCAGGUGUUCUUAGAAAGCUAACAAAGAAAAGAAACACACGUGAUUAAUGAUUGGAAUUAAAUAUUGCAUGUUUUAUUCUUUCUUGUUUCUUUGUUGUAGCUUUAUCUUUAUUAAUCAUCCAGCUGUCUGUCUUACUGUUGUGUUUAGAGGAAGUGGUAGUAUGCUACCUAG